CCUCCUAGUCUAUAUCACUGGGAACAUACAGAGGGACAUUUUCCUCAUCAAGACUCAUUUGAAAAUGAACACAUGCUUUUAAAGUGCCACUACAAAUUAAUUUAACAUUUUCUGAGAGGACUUAAGACCUGGUAGAGAGAGUAAGAUGUAUCUCCGCGCCCUUGUGUCGUGCCUGAGUUUGGGAGUUUUGGUGAAGAGUGCUGCUGGCAGCGAAUGGUGCUACCAUGGCUGCGAUUACUCCCUGAAGAAGUGGGAUAAAAUCGAGGGUUCUUAUUGUGGAGAAAAAAUGCAGUCUCCUAUUAACAUAGACACCCACAACGCUGUACUGGACAAUGACCUGGUCAGCUUUAAAUUUGUCAAUAUCUCCUCUCAGCAAGUCAUCAAGUCCAUCUCAAACAAUGGACACACAGUGAUAUGCAGUUUGGAAGAAAAUGACGUGGAAGUGAGUGGAGGAGGUCUCGAUGGAACCUACUCUGUUGUUCAGUUUCACUUCCACAUGGGCGACCCAGCUCAUGAACUACCAGGGUCAGAGCACACGAUCAAUAACCAUAGAUAUCCAGUCGAGAUGCACAUAGUUGGCAUGAAGAAGAAUGUCUCUGAGGAAGACGCCGCAAAUAUGGCGGAUGGAUUUGCUGUUCUUGGCUUCUUCUUGCAUGCAAUGGAGAAUCAAAACAUGUCCAAAUCAUGGAAGAUGCUCGCGUCUAACCUGAUAAACCUCACAGACAACACCACGGUUAAAAUAGAAACUAACAUCUCUAUCGAUGAGCUGAUUGGAAAUGUGGACCUCACAAAGUACUAUCGAUACAAGGGCUCCCUGACCACCCCCAUGUGCAACGAAGCGGUGAUGUGGACGGUGUUUCAUGAGCCUAUUGGCAUCAGCCAAGAGCUGAUCGACAUGUUUUCCUUGGAAACGGGUCUUUUUAAUAACUAUCGACCUACACAAGAUCUCAAUGGCCGUAAUGUGUCAGCCUCCCCUGCUAUAAGUCAUUCAUGGUGCUAUGAAGGUCACUGUGAGCCCUCAAUGUACGAACCACUGCAUUGGCACCUUCUGCCGGCCUCGAAGUGCGGAGAGAGCAACCAGUCACCCAUCAACAUCGACACGGAUCUCGUUGAGACCGAUAUCCACCUGGGCCCCUUCUCAUUUACAAACUUUGACAACAAGCAUGCCAUCAAGUACAUCACUAACACAGGCCACUCAGUGAAGUGCGUUUUGGAGGAGGAUAUGGUGGAGUUAACGGGUGGAGGUUUGGAACAUGUCUAUUCCACCCUUCAGUUCCACUUCCACUGGGGCUCUGAUGAGCAUGAUGGAUCCGAGCACACUAUGAAUUCAAAACAUUACCCCAUGGAGAUGCACAUAGUGAGCAAGAGGAAAAAUUUACCCCUGGAAGAGGCACUAAAUCAUCAAGAUGGUUUGGCAGUGCUUGGAUUCUUUAUUGAGGCUGAAGAUACUACCAAAAGCAACACUGAGAGUUCAGAUCAUCCGGCUACAAAUCCUGCAGCAAGUGCAGCAUCAAACAUGGAUGCCUGGAAAAAACUGACGAGCCACCUCUCAGCUGUUGGCAAUAUCAGCUCAAUGGUUAACUUCACAGAAGAGAUCUCCAUUGAUGACCUCCUCGGCAACAUUGAUCGAACCGCAUACUACCGGUACAGCGGCUCCCUUACCACCCCUUCGUGCAAUGAAGCUGUAAUUUGGACGAUCUUUAAAGAAUCUGUCAAGGUGGACCCGUCCCUGAUGCACAUGUUCCCAGCUAAGGCCGGAUAUCACGACGUGUUUCGGCCCACACAGGCUCUUAAUGGCAGAAAAAUCUACUCCACAUCGGCAUCCAGUGUCCCUGGACCUAUCUUACUGCUUAUGCUGUUGGCAAGUCUUUGUGCCCUUUUCAUGUCUGCAAAAAGACAGAGAAGAGCCACAGGUGCGUCCAAGGCGUCUAAGAUGAACUGUCUCGUAGUAGCUGCUCUUGCUCUGUGCGUCCUGGCACCCAGCGCAUACUGUGCCACAGACUCCAUCGCCUGGUGUUACAACGAGCCAACUUGCAAUGACACCACCUGGCCAGUUAUUGCUGCACAGUUUUGCAACGGCACCCGACAGUCACCCAUUGACAUCGUGUCUGCAACUGCGGCUGCUGACGCCAACCUCACUGAAUUCACGUUUGUCAACUACAGCAGCACCUCAGCCCUGAAGAAGAUUGAAAACACUGGAAAGACGGUCAAAGUGGGCCUGAGUAGUGGCAUAACGGUGUCAGGGGGAGAUCUGUCUGAGACCUACGACAGCCUGCAGUUCCACUUGCACUGGGGUAAUGGUUCUGCUAUCCCCGGCUCUGAACACACCGUGGAUGGCAAGCGCUAUCCUAUGGAGUUGCACAUUGUAAACAGUAAGUCAAAGUAUAAUGGAAACACGUCUCUCGCCGUUCAAGACUCUACAGGACUUGCUGCCCUUGGUUUCUUCAUUGAGGAAAUGUCUGGGGAUGCAACUGGCCAACCAGCGAGCUGGAAGAAUUUGACUUCCUACUUGACCAGCAUCAGAAACGCCGGUGAAUCGGUUACAAUAACGCUUCCAAUUUCUCUGGAUGAUCUUCUGGUCGGGGUGGACCGUAGCAAGUACUACCGCUACCUUGGCUCCUUGACCACCCCCACUUGUAAUGAGGCUGUCGUUUGGACUGUGUUUAAGGACACAAUCAAAGUCAGCAAAGAUCUGAUUGACCUCUUCAGCACAACUCUAUACGUCUCCAACAGCACGUCACCAUUGAUGGUCAAUGUCUACAGAAACAUCCAGCCAGCACAACGAGUCACAACCCAGCCUGCCACAGGCAGCAGCUCUGUAACCUGCUACUCUCUGGGUCUAUUGGCUCUCAGCCUUGUAUUUGGGAGGAGCUGAGCUGAAAAUGUUUGACCUCUCAGUUCAACCUCUUUCCUACCUUUGUUCCAUGAAAGAUUGUCUUCCACACUUAAAAGUACUAUUUAUAUAUAUAUAUAUAUAUUUCAGUGUUUUUUAAUGUCAUGUGCUACAGUUUAUGGCCUGUCUCUCUUGUAUAAACUGAGCCAUAAUGCCACAACACGUUAGUUUUUCACUAUUGUGAAUAUUGUCAUGUAAUGGUCACGGCUACAUGUACCGUCUACCGCUCUGCACAAAAUAAGAACAAAUGACUCAUGUCUGUAAUAAUCGUCAAUGCUAAGCCCAGUGUCGGGAGGGUGGAAGGAGGGUUAGCUGACUUGCACUUCAUACAUGUAGUAAUAGUGAUUUUGAAAUCCAGCUGUAGGGUUAAGUAUUUAGCUACAGAAAAGUCUGAUUUAAUGUCGACAUGCAUCUGAAUUUGAAGUUGUUUUAGUCUUUGUUAAGUUUAACUCUAUCUUUUAGCUGGUGUAAUGAAGGAUCCAAGUGGCACUUGAUCGCAUGAGCACCUUUAUUUAACACAAUGAAGACUACUUUUUUGUCUUUGAAGUUGCGUUGCACUACUUGCACAUGUAACACUAUGAUGUCCUAAUCUCAUAAAAUAUUGUCAGUCA